CUUGGACCGUCUCCGCAAAACCAUCCAUCAUUCUCCGCUCACCGAGCUAGUUACUGUACAGUAUCGUUCUCCGACUCCCCAGUAACGCUGCACACACAAAAUUGCAAUGGGCGCAUCAUCGUCGAAACCCAUAAAGGCGGCAGCUAAUGCAGCUGCACGGCGUCAAUACCCCAAGAAACCCUCCGCACCGACCACCGGGCCCGGUGGUGCCAGAGCCGCGGAUCCAGCGGCCAGGGCAUCAAGCCGACGGGAACAGCCAGGACCAGUAUUCCAUGCAGAAGAGAAGGCGAGCGCUGUAAGAUUAGAAGCCAUCGACCUCGAAGCCCGCGAUCCUCAGUUCGCCGCCUCCCUCCGCUCCAUCGGGCCCGUCACCCCCAACCCUUUCAACCAACCCCAAAACCCGCAGCUUCAGCAAUCCCUCUCCAUCGUCUUCCCCCCCUCCACCUCCUCCUCCACAUCCUCCAACCCAGCCCUCCUCGUUCUCUCCUCCCGCGCCCGGUUAGAGAAGGCCGCCGAACUCGAACUCGAGUCCGUUGGCCGACCGAGCCAUUCCGGGCGCGAGUUUUUGGAUGUCGUGAGUAUUAGGCAUAUUUUGGCGAUGAGGGAUAAGGGAGGGGUGUCGGAGGAGGUGAUUGAGAGGCAGUUUCGGCUGAAGAAGGGGGUUGUGCGGUCGUUGGGGGGAAGGGGGGUAGUAGGGCUUGUUCGGUGAUAUUGGCGGAGGGGAGGUUUCUCUUUUUCUCUAGCUGGCUUUUUUUCUUUUGAUUUUUUUAUUGGGAUUAAAAGGUUGUACAUUUGCAUUUCGACAGGUGCGCUCUAUGUAUGAAUAUGAAGGUAUGGUGGAUAUUUUGGUGAUGAUAAUGAGCUUUUGGCACGGAGUAUAUUUGAGUAGUUGGAGGUUUGCAUGGGAUUGAACUCUGAUCACUCAAUUAAUACCCAUUUGCUAGAUAAACUCUCUGAGAAAUAUCCAAGACAUUAGUUUAGAAUUGCAUUCUCGUAAAGCUCUGUGUCAACUUAUCAAUUUGAUAUGUGCCCAAUCAUAUACUCAGAUAUGAUCACGGUAAAUAGACCAAUAACCAACCCUAAAAAGCAAAAUCAAGAUUUCAAAAUACCACUAAUGACAGAGCAAUGACUGUACUAUUC